AAAUUUCAAAGCGAAAUCCAAACAAACAACAAAUUAUUCAUUAAACUCCGAAACUUUCCACAAUGUACAGCUCCGAAUGCUGCUCCGUUGACGGGAUCUCCAGUGGGGAUUCUGGGGAUUCCAGUGAAGGUGCGAACAAAAAACUGAUGAAGAUCCAUGACAACAAAAAGAAGGCAAUAAAUUCAAAUGCAAAUUCGAAGCCACUGUCUGAACACUUGAUGCAGUAUUUGGAUAUGGGCAUUCCUCCUGGUCCCUGGCUGCGCUGCCGACACAUCCUGGUGCACUAUGGUCCCCGGACACACGCACUAGCCAAGCACGCGAAUCGCAGUGAGUCGCAGGCCCGCAAAAUGAUCGAGAACGCCCGCCGGCUGAUAGUAAGCGGCCGCGUGGACUUUGCAGCCGUUGCAAUGGCCAUCUCGGAGUGCUGCUCUGCUCGCAAGGGCGGAGACAUUGGCAUCUUCAAGGCACUGCAAGUGCGGUCUGAGUUUCGCCGGCAAGUGCUGGCCCUAAACGUCAACGAGCUGUCGCCCGUUUUCAGCACCACGCAGGGACUGCAGCUCGUGCUCCGCACACACCCCACAGACGAUAGUGUGCCAGCGACUGAGCGCGCCAAAAGUCGUCGCAUGAGAAAGAUUUCCAGCAUAAAUUCUAUCGGAUCAUUCAAAGAGGGCCUUAAACGACAUGCAAAGGCAGCAGGAAAAACAGUCAGCAGACGCAAAAUACCAGAGGAGUCCAGAGGAUCAGAGAACGAUGACGAUUACUCCUCUGAUUUCUGGUCUCCUCAAUCGUCGGCGAUGCAUCUGCCUGUUGAAGAAGCUGUUACUGAGCUGGAUCGCAUUGAAGCCCGUGAAAUGAAAUUGAUGUGGGGCGAGCAGCUGGCAGACAGUGUCGAUAAUUUGGAGUACAAACAGCAGCAGCGGUGGAUCGAGGACAAUCUGUGUGAGCAGAUCAAAGACAUUCAGCUGGUGAAGUCUGGUGGCACGAGGGUCAAGAUCAUUGACCGUGAUGACAAUGGCGAAAUUGUUGUUUCUUUUCAAAAUAUGAUCAUUACGAAAAUGCCCAAAAACGAACAGAAAAUGUUGCUAAAACCCACGCACACACAGUCACAGACACAGUCACAACACAAGAAGACCCUUGAUUAAAGUGCAGAACUUAAAACAAAGCAAACGAAUAAAUUGUAUAUGCUUAAUCGA